AUAUAAGAUGUUGAGAUUAGCCUCCAAGUCUGUACCAGCUGCCAGAGCCGUUUCCUCGAGAAACUUGUCUGUGUCUUCCGUUUUGCUCCUGUCCACCAGAACUGAGACCGAUGCCUUUGGUCCUAUCGAGGUCGACUCGUCCAAGUACUACGGUGCCCAGACUGCCAGAUCCAAGAUGAACUUCAAAAUCGGAGGACCUGCUGCCCGUAUGCCAUUGCCUGUUGUCCAUGCUUUUGGUAUCUUGAAGAAAUCUGCUGCUAUUGUUAAUGAAGAGUUAGGAGCUUUGGAUCCUAAGAUUUCUCAAGCUAUCCAAGUGGCUGCUACUGAAGUUGCCGAGGGUAAAUUAGACGACCACUUCCCAUUGGUUGUUUUCCAGACUGGUUCAGGUACUCAGUCAAACAUGAAUGCCAACGAAGUCAUUUCCAACAGAGCUAUUGAGAUCUUGGGCGGGGAAUUAGGAUCCAAGAAGCCUGUUCACCCUAACGAUCACUGUAAUAUGUCUCAAUCUUCCAACGACACUUUCCCUACUGUUAUGCACAUUGCCGCUGUCACUGAAAUCUCCAAGUCGUUGAUUCCCGAAUUGACCAAGUUGAGAGACUCUUUACAGGCUAAAUCUGAUGAGUUCAAGGACAUCAUCAAGAUCGGUAGAACCCACUUGCAAGACGCAACACCAUUGACUUUGGGCCAGGAAUUCUCCGGAUACGUUCAACAGGUUACCAACGGUAUUGAAAGAAUCGAAAAGACUUUGCCCAAUUUGCUCUACUUGGCCCAGGGUGGUACUGCUGUCGGUACUGGUCUUAACACCAGAAAAGGCUGGGACGUUAAGAUUGCCGAUCAAGUUUCCAAAUUGACCGGCUUGCCUUUCAAGACUGCUCCUAACAAGUUUGAAGCUCUUGCAGCUCAUGACGCCAUCGUAGAAGCAUCUGGUGCCUUGAACACUGUAGCUGUCUCUUUGUACAAAAUCGCCAAUGACAUUAGAUACUUGGGAUCUGGCCCAAGAUGUGGUUACGGUGAGUUGGCUUUGCCAGAAAACGAACCUGGUUCUUCUAUCAUGCCUGGUAAGGUUAACCCUACCCAGAACGAAGCCUUAACUAUGGUGGCCACCCAAGUGUUUGGUAACCAUUCUGCCAUCACCUUUGCUGGUGCUUCUGGUCAGUUCGAAUUGAACGUGUUCAAGCCAGUCAUGAUCGCCAACUUGUUGUCGUCCAUUAGAUUGAUUGCUGACGGUUCGGCUUCAUUCAGAGUCAACUGUGUUGACGGUAUCCAGGCUAAUGUUGACAAGAUCGAAAAGACCUUGCACGAAUCGUUGAUGUUGGUCACUGCCUUGAACCCUAAGAUCGGUUACGACGCCGCCUCCAAGACCGCCAAGAACGCUCACAAGAAGGGCUUGACUUUGAAGCAAUCAGCUUUGGAGUUGGGCGUCUUGUCCGAGCAGGAAUUCGACGAAUGGGUCAGACCAGAAAAGAUGAUUGGUCCAAAGGAUUAGAUUUUUAAACGUAGAUCAGUUAUCUAGCUGUUUAUAGCAAUACUAUUAUUUAUUUG